AUGUUUGAGCUUCCUGACGCAAAGAGAGUCCGGCGAGAAGACCUCGGGGAGUCGUCCGACGAUGAAGGAGCGGACCACGACGAGCAGCAAAAUGCGGACCUCCUGGCGAAGCUGCAUGCCCGUAUGGCGGGCAUGCUCGACCUAGGCGACGACGCCGACGCCGACCAGACUUCGACAGAAACGACCGAGCAACCAGCAGCAGCGACGACGGACGGAGAAACGGGCAAAGAUGCCGGCGGCGGAGACGAUGAGCCCGAAGAGUUUGAGUUCCGCCUCUUCACCACGUCGAACCCGGCAACAAAGAUUGCGCUGAUCGACGAGGACGAGCGCGCGAUGGCGGGCGAUGGAGCCAUGAUUCGCAAGAGGCCGCUGUCGUACUACAUCGCCGGGGAGCCGACGCCCGAAGUGAAGGCGGAGCUCGCUUUCGCGGCGGUGUCGGGCGAGGAGGUUCUUGAGAGGGCGCAGAGGCGGUGGUGGGGGAUGGAGCAGCCUUGGCGGGUGAAGACGAUUCCCGGUACCAGGGUAUCGUCAAAGGGAACAGCAGGAACAGCAGCAGCAGGAGGAGAUGCUGGGAAGACAAAGGAGGAGGCAGACGCGGCGGCGGCGAGGAGGAGGCGGCCUGGGAAGAAGAAGCGUCUUGCGAUACGGGUUAAGCAGCGGGAGAGGGUGAAGAAGGCCGAGGAGCUGGAGAAGUUCAAGGCCGGUAAGGAGGAGGCGCUGAAGGAGAAGAAGAAGAGGCUGAAUCGGUUGAAGAAGCUAAGGAAGAGGGCCAAGGCGAAGGAGGGGAAGAAUGGGGGCGGCGAGGGUGGUGGUGAUGGUGGUGAGUCGGGAUCUGGAUCUGACGGUGAUGAGUGA